AGCAUGUCAGCGAGUGUCCACACAGGACACAGAGAGAGAAAGACCCUGAGACAAGCAUACAGACACGGGAGACAUGGGAGACAAAGGAGCGGGGACGAGAGUCUUCAAGAAGUCCAGCCCCAACUGCAAACUGACAGUUUAUCUGGGGAAGCGAGAUUUUGUUGAUCACUUAGACCAUGUGGACCCUGUAGAUGGAGUGAUCCUUGUUGAUCCAGAGUAUCUGAAAAACAGAAAAGUGUUUGUGAGGCUCACCUGUGCAUUCUGCUACGGUCGGGAAGACCUGGACGUCUUGGGCCUUUCGUUCAGGAAGGAUCUGUAUGUCAGUACCGUACAGGUGUUUCCUCCUCUACAGGAGGAGAAGAAACCUCUGAGCCUGCUGCAGGAGAGACUGGUGAAGAAGCUGGGUCAACACGCCUGUGGCUUCAGCUUCACUAUCCCCCAGAACCUGCCGUGCUCUGUGACUCUGCAGCCGAGCCCAGAGGACACCGGGAAGGCGUGUGGUGUGGACUACGAGCUUCGAGUCUUCUGUGCAAAGAGUGUGGAGGAAAAGAUCCACCAAAGGAACUCUGUGCAUCUAGUGAUCCGGAAGGUUCAGUAUGCACCAGAGAAGCCCGGUCCUCAGCCCAUGGUGGAGACCUAUCGCAGCUUCCUCAUGUCUGACAGGUCUCUACAUUUAGAGGCCUCACUGGAUAAGGAGCUGUACUACCAUGGUGAGCCCAUCAGUGUCAAUGUCCAUGUUACCAACAACUCCACCAAGACUGUGAAGAGAGUGAAGAUUUCAGUUUGUCAGUUUGCUGACAUCUGUUUAUUCUCCACGGCUCAGUACAAGUGUCCAGUAGCCCUGCUUGAAGCAGAUGACCAGGUGUCUCCCAGCUCUACCUCCUGUAAGGUCUACACUGUGACCCCCAUGCUGGGCAGCAACAGGGAGAAGAGAGGUCUGGCUCUGGAUGGAAAACUAAAGCAUGAAGACACCAACCUGGCCUCCAGCACCAUAGUGAAAGAAGGGAGCAACAAGGAGAUGAUGGGGAUUGUGGUUUCUUACAGAGUUAAAGUCAAACUGGUGGUGUCUAGAGGAGGGGAUGUAGCAGUGGAACUUCCUUUUGUCCUGAUGCAUCACAAACCUAUGGGCAAGCCCUGUUCUGAACCGCAGACAGCGGCUAAUGCUACUGAAGUUACAAACCUGAUAGACUUCACUGUAAAUUCUUCCCACCAGUUUGAUGACUUUGUCUUUGAGGACUUUGCUCGCCUGCAGUUAAGAGGGUUGAAGGACCACAGCGAUGAGGAUUUUAACCCCCUCUGUUAGCACGUCCAGCUAGGUCGCCAACCAGAGACCAAGAAGAGGAAUUCAAAAGACACACUAUAUGGACCAAACUUUAAUAAAUGUUCCCUCGUGAUUGUAUUAUAUCAGUUAUUCUGAUCACUGUAUGGACCUCAUAUUAUACAAAUACUCUGAGUGACACUGGUUGUAUGUUAGAAUAAAAACAGAGGAAAUGGUCAAUAGUCAGGGAAUUGAGCACAUUUAUCUAAUGUAUCUUUAUAUGUCGAGCAGAGAGUGAAGAUAAAAAUAAAAAAAGGUUCUAUAGUAGAUUUCCUUUCCUUAUAUUAAAUGUGUAAAGUAUAUCAACUUCUUCUAACAGUUGUUUCAACUGAUUGUGCUUUUGGUUUUUAAAUAUCAUCUAUGCACCUCUUGACACAGAACACAAAACCAAUUUUUUGAUGCCUUUUGCUUAAGAUUUUAAGCAAAAUAAAAUUUAACAAAAGUCAUUUCUAGUUUUUAACUGUUGAAUUAUCCUUAUAAUCAAAACUGAGAUUUAUUGAAUAAGCUAAUGAAACCUCAGUGUAAGAAGUGCCAAUAGUUAAAGAUGCCAUUGUUUGUUAUUUUUACUUGGUAUACCACUUUUCCAUAUCUGAUACAGUCAUGAAGCUGUUCAUGCCAUAUUUUGGAACAAAUACUCUUCUCCCAUGAAGAAGAAAUAAACAGCCCACAUCAUUACUCAGCAAA